AUGACGAGCCUCAAAAUUCUGUCUUUCGGUUAUGCCCUGUUUGCUCUCGCUGUGGCAUACCCUACUUCCAUCGAGCGUGCUAGGGUUCUUGGAAGGCAGGAAGAUGUUCUCGAUGAAUACGACUAUGUCAUUGUCGGCGGGGGAACUGCAGGCUUGACUGUUGGCGAUAGACUAAGUGAAGAUGGAAAAUACAGCGUCCUCGCAAUCGAAUACGGCUAUCUGGAGAGAGACGGAUAUCGACCUGGCCGAACGACCUAUAACAUCACUUCUCAGCCAAGCCCCCAGCUCAACAACCGCACGUUUAACGUCGGCAUUGGGUGCAUCGUCGGCGGUAGCUCCGCCGUGAAUGGUCAGGUCUUCCAGAGAGGAACCGCUGGCGACUAUGACAUUUGGGGCGAACUUGGAGGCGCCGAAGAUACCACAUGGACCUGGGAGAAUAUUCUUGGAUACUUCAAGAAGGGCAUCCACUUCAACCCGCCUGAAGAGGAGUUCGCGGAGGCCUUCAACAUCACAUACGACCUCGACGGAUGGGGCCAGGAUCCCGACACCCACAUCUACGCCACCUAUGCGAGGGGCAUCACCCCCGGAGUCAUCCCUCUAUAUAAUGCCAUGACAAAUUUCCCGGGCGUGGACGUGCCAGUCGACGGCGCCAACGGCCAGAACGGCCUCUACUGGUUCACAACCUCCAUGGAUCCCGUCAACUUCAACCGCUCCUAUGCCCGCACCGGACACUGGGAUGGUCUCGACCGCGAAAACUACCAGCUUCUCCCGGCGACCAAGGUUAACAAGAUAGUUUUUGACGGCGAUCGCGCAGUCGGUGUUCAGAUUCAUCCUCGUGAUCAUCGUGAUGACACCCAAGUGAUCAAGGCGCGCAAGGAGGUCAUCCUAGCCGCUGGUGCUAUCCACACUCCUCAGGUUCUGCAACUUAGUGGCAUUGGACCUAGGAAGUUGCUUAAGGCGGCGGACAUUGAAGUCAAAGUUGACCUUCCGGGCGUUGGGGCGAAUUUCCAGGAUCACCACUACAUCCCCGGCGUACGAUUCUCGUGGGGUAAUGCGCCUGAGGUUCCUGAGCUGAAUCUCAGUUCGAACCGAACCGGAAACGGCAUCGCUCUCGGUGCAUUCCUCGGCCUCAAGGCCUUCUCCCCCGAUUUGUUCGAGGAUAUCGCUACGCGAUAUGAAAGUCAGGAUGCCGCCGAGUUCCUACCAAAGGGCACCGACUGCACCAUCGUCGCAGGCUACAAGCAACAAAAGAAGAUUUACGCCCGCGCCAUGCGCGAUAACACCAUCAGCUUCCUCGAGUGCAUGCUCGGCGGCUCUCCCUCUUGCAGCCCGCAAAACGUCCACCCCGUUAGCCGCGGUACGGUGACGCUCAACACCACUGAUCCCGAAUCCGAGGUCAUCGUGGACUACAGGGCAGCAUCUAACCCGAUCGAUAUCGACAUCAUGGUCGAGGCGAUCAAGUUCUUCCGGCGGUUUAUUACUACGGGCGAUCUAGCUGAGUAUGAAGCCCUGGAGGAGGUUCCUGGGGCAGAGUACCAGACCGACGAGGAAUUGGCUGAGUGGGCCCGUGAGACUAUUAUCCCGAGCGUCUACCAUCCAGUUGGUACUGCAGCGAAGAUGCCGAGGAAGUGGGGUGGUGUUGUCGACGAAGACCUGCUGGUGUAUGGUGUCGAGGGAUUGAGUGUUGUUGAUGCCAGUAUCAUGCCUACGCUUGUGGGUAGCACAACGAGCAUGACGGUUUAUGCUAUUGCUGAAAAGGCUGCGGAUCUGAUCAAGUCCCGCGCUUAA